AUAGCUACGUCGUCGUUCUUACUUCUCUAUUAGGCCAGAUUGCCAUUUGUAGUAACUUUGCCUACAAAAAGUGCCAUUCAGUUGUCUGUUUCUCUCUUUCUCUUUUCUUCUCUCGCACAACAGACGCAAAGAAAAACACAUAUAAAAAUGUCGACUCUCACAGUACCUGAGACGAUCCCCUCUGUGCCGGAAGACUGCGAGCAACUCCGGAAAGCUUUCGAAGGAUGGGGAACAAAUGAGGGGUUGGUUAUCUCCAUCUUGGGACAUAGAAAUGCUGCUCAAAGAAAGUUGAUUCGGCAAACUUAUGCUGAAACUUAUGGAGAAGAUCUCCUCAAGGCAUUGAACAAAGAACUUACAAAUGACUUUGAGAGAGUGGUAGUGCUCUGGACACUUGAUCCCGCUGAACGUGAUGCACUUUUGGCCAAUGAAGCAACAAAGAGGUGGACUUCAAGCAAUCAGGUUCUUGUGGAAAUAGCGUGCACGAGAUCUUCACAUGAUCUACUUCUGGUAAGGCAGGCUUAUCAUGCUCGGUAUAAGAAAUCUCUUGAAGAGGAUGUUGCAUACCACACAACUGGGGAUUUCUGCAAGCUUUUGGUGCCUCUUGUAAGCUCAUACCGAUAUGAGGGAGAUGAAGUGAACAUGACUCUGGCUAAGUCAGAGGCUAAAAUACUCCACGAGAAGAUUUCAGAGAAGGCUUACAAUCAUGAGGAUAUUAUCAGGAUUUUGGCUACAAGGAGCAAAGCACAGAUCAAUGCCACUCUGAAUCACUAUAAAAAUGAAUUCGGAAAUGACAUCAACAAGGAUCUGAAGACUGACCCUAAGGAUGAGUUUCUUGCAAUACUGAGGGCCACAGUUAAGUGCUUGAAUCGUCCUGAGAAGUAUUUUGAGAAGAUUCUUCGGCUGGCAAUUAACAAACGAGGAACAGAUGAAGGAGCACUCACUAGGGUUAUCGCUACAAGGGCCGAG